ACUCGUGGCCUCUUUUUGCCUGAUGGUCGUCACAAGAACACCACGGGAGACUCGACAAAGGGGGCAGCAGCCUCACGAGAGGGCGCUCCAGAGUUGUGGAGAAGGCAUCGACGGUGCGGUCGUCGAGGGAGCGAGAUGGCCGCGGCUGCAGGGCGGCCGCCGUGCUUAUUCUGUCAGAUUGCACGGGGCUCCACCUCCACCGAUCUCCACUACGCCGAUGAGAUGGUUGUCGCGUUCCGUGACAUCAAUCCGUCCGCCGUCAGGCAUUAUCUGGUUAUACCUGUUGAGCACAUACCUACCGUCAAGCAUCUCCAGAGAAAAACAGAAGAUUAUCAUUUAGUUAAUCACAUGUUGAACGUGGGGAAAACCCUUUUGGCCAGAGAUGCACCUGAAUCAAUGUGUUCUAGAUUUGGUUUCCAUCAGCCCCCAUUUAAUAGUAUUGAUCAUCUCCAUCUUCACUGUCUGGCAUUACCAUUCACACCAAGGUGGAGACAAGUGAAAUAUACAACUCUGGGUCCUUUCUGGGGGUUCAUAGAGGCUGAGAAAUUAUUGGACAAGAUAAGGCCAUUCUCGAAAGUGACCUCAUAGUUGUGACAUCAAAUCAUGUUAAAGGAGACUGUUUUGCUCACUUAUUUAUCUUUUAUUUUUUUUGGCAUUGAAUUCCUCUGCAAUAUGCAAUUGAUUUUAUCUGGUUAACUGUGCUGUCAAUUAUGAGCACUACACAAAUAAAAGAAUCAUGUUAAAUUUGUUAUCUUAUUGGCAUUUCACUGUCAGUAUGCAAUCAA